AUGGCCAAAGCCAGUAUUUCAGUUGCUCAGCUUUCUGUGGGCCAGUUCAUGUGUCCAGUGUGUCUGGAUCUCCUGAAGGAUCCGAUGACUAUCUCCUGUGGUCACAGUUUCUGUAAGGUGUGUAUUAAUGGCUGCUGGGAUCAGGAGGAUCAGAAGGGCGUCUACAGCUGUCCUCAGUGCAGAGACACUUUCACGACAAGGCCUGUUCUACGCAAAAACAACAUGCUGGAUGAAGUGGUGAAGGAACUGAAGAAAACUGAAGUCCAGGCUGCUUCUCCUGCUCACUGUUACGCUGGACCUGGAGAUGUGGAGUGUGAUUUCUGCACCGGGAGAAAACACAAAGCCGUCAAAUUCUGUCUGAUGUAUUUGGCUUCUUAUUGUGAAACUCAUCUGAAACCUCAUCUUGAAGUUCCUGCUUUAAAAAAACACACAUUAAUUGAAGCCUCAGCAAAACUCCAAGAGAAGAUCUGCUCUGAACAUAACAAGCUGAUUGAGAUCUACUGUCGUACUGAUCAAACCUGCAUCUGUUAUUUGUGUACGAUGGAUCAUCACAAAGGUCAUGACACCGUCACAGUCGCAGCAGAAAGAGCUGAGAAACAGAUCCUCCAGAGAGGGGAGAGGGCAGCCGAUGAUCUUCUGAGCCAUAGUGAUGACCCUCUGGAGUGCUUUCCUGUCUCCUACUGUGCAACUAGUAAACCACACCCAGAAACAGUAAGGCAAGUCAAGUCAACUUUAUUGUCAAAUAUGCUAUACAUGCUCGACAUACAGCACAGAUGAAAUUUCAGUCCUCUCUGACCCACGGUGCAAACAGGCAAUGCAAUAAAUAAAAAUAGAAUAAUUGAAAAAAACAAACAAUAUAAACAGUAUAAACACUCUCUAGAUAAGAACUAGACAGACUAAACACUCAAACAGACAAUAUAA